AUGCUGUCUCAUCGAUCGGAGCACCGCUUGGUGUGGCACGACUCUGAAAAGGAGGACCCAGUUCCAGUCACCCCUACCCAAGCCCCAGCUCCAGUCAACCCUACCCAGGCCCAGUUCCAGUCAACCCUACCCAGGCCCAGCUCCAGUCAACCCUACCCAGGCCCAGCUCCAGUCAACCCUACCCAGGCCCAGUUCCAGUCAACCCUACCCAGGCCCAGUUCCAGUCACCCCUACCCAGGCCCAGUUCCAGUCACCCCUACCCAGGCCCAGUUCCACCAGGCCCAGCUCCAGUCAAAGCUACCCAGGCCCAGCUCCAGUCAAAGCUACCCAGGCCCAGCUCCAGUCAAAGCUACCCAGGCCCAGCUCCAGUCAACCCUACCCAGGCCCAACUCCAGUCAAAGCUACCCAGGCCCAACUCCAGUCAAAGCUACCCAGGCCCAACUCCAGUCAAAGCUACCCAGGCCCAGCUACAGUCAAAGCUACCCAGGCCCCAGCCCCAGUCAACCCUACCCAGGCCCCAGCCCCAGUCAACCCUACCCAAGCCCAGCUCCAGUCAACACUACCCAAGCCCAGCCCCAGUCAACCUUACCUACCCAAGCCCCAGCUCCAGUCAACCUUACCUACCCAAGCCCCAGCUCCAGUCAACCCUACCCAAGCCCAGCUCCAGUCAACACUACCCAAGCCCAGCCCCAGUCAACCUUACCUACCCAAGCCCAGCCCCAGUCAACCUUACCUACCCAAGCCCAGCUCCAGUCAACACUACCCAAGCCCAGCUCCAGUCAACACUACCCAAGCCCCAGCUCCAGUCAACCCUACCUACCCAAGCCCAGCUCCAGUCAACACUACCCAAGCCCCAGCUCCAGUCAACCCUACCCAGGCCCAGCUCCAGCUCCAGUCAACCCUACCUACCCAAGCCCAGCUCCAGUCAACACUACCCAAGCCCCAGCUCCAGUCAACCCUACCUACCCAAGCCCAGCUCCAGUCAACACUACCCAAGCCCCAGCUCCAGUCAACCCUACCCAGGCCCAGCUCCAGCUCCAGUCAAGCCUACCUACCCAAGCCCAGCUCCAGUCAACACUACCCAAGCCCCAGCUCCAGUCAACCCUACCUACCCAAGCCCCAGCUCCAGUCAACCCUACCUACACAAGCCCCAGCUCCAGUCAACCUUACCUACCCAAGCCCAGCUCCAGUCAACACUACCCAAGCCCCAGCUCCAGUCAACCCUACCUACCCAAGCCCCAGCUCCAGUCAACCCUACCCAGGCCCAGCUCCAGUCAAUGUAUGGAUAUCAGAAGUCUCUCACCACACUAUUUAGCAGAAAACCCAUCCAGCUAAGAUGUCAAUAUUCCUAUUCAGCCCCUCUCUGUCCCACUCAAUACUACCACUAAUAGACUGGCUUUGUGAUCUAGAGAGAGUCAAACGGGGUUGAAAAAGAACAGAUGAACAAGUGGAGAGGGAGAAAGAACGGGUGGAUAAAUCUCAAUUAGCGUCUCCAACUCCAACCCCUAAAUUCAGCGAGUCCUUUUUAUUUUGUCACUUAAUAAUUGCUCAUUUAAAACGGUUUGAUCCAGAUAGCUGGCUAAUCUCCUGAUGUGCCUGAUGAGAUGGCUAUUAUGUAGCCGUUUUAGCUUUGGUCCCAAAUCUCCCCCAAACCCUCUGAGCUGCAUAGCUACAUAUUGAUCAGGUAGCACAGACAGCGCAGUAAACAAAAAACGAUCUCUCUUUCUCUCUCAGUACGUCUCUUCAACUUGCAUAUUGACACCGAAUUGAUUUAGUUUCGUAGCCCAAAUGGUGCUCCUCAGUCUUGGCUACAAUCCAAAGCCCUUGGAGAGAGAAGGACACUAGCCACUCCAGACCUCUGAGUCCUUGGAGAGAGAAAAGGACACUAGCCAGUCCAGACCUCUGAGCCCUUGGGGAGAGAAGGACACUAGCCACUCCAGACCUCUGAGCCCUUGGGGAGAAAGAAGGACACUAGCCACUCCAGACCUCAGAGCCCUUGGGGAGAGAAGGACACUAGCCACUCCAGACCUCUGAGCCCUUGGAGAGAAAGAAGGACACUAGCCACUCCAGACCUCUGAGUCCUAGGAGGUAGAGGACACUAGCCACUCCAGACCUCUGAGCCUGAGGAGAUAGAGAAGGACACUAGCCACCCCAGACCUCUGAGCCUUUGGGGAGAGAAGGACACUAGCCACUCCAGACCUCUGAGCCCUUGGAGAGAAAGAAGGACACUAGCCACUCCAGACCUCUGAGCCUUUGGGGAGAGAAGAACACUAGCCACUCCAGACCUCUGAGCCCUUGGAGAGAAAGAAGGACACUAGCCACUCCAGACCUCUGAGCCCUUGGAGAGAGAGAAGGACACUAGCCACUCCAGACCUCUGAGCCCUUGGAGAGAAAGAAGGACACUAGCCACUCCAGACCUCUGAGCCCUUGGAGAGAGAGAAGGACACUAGCCACUCCAGACCUCUGAGCCCUUGGAGAGAGAGAAGGACACUAGCCACUUCAGACCUCUGAGCCCUUGGAGAGAGAGAAGGACACUAGCCACUCCAGACCUCUGAGCCUGAGGAGAGAGAGAAGGACACAAGCCACUCCAGACCUCUGAGCCAUUGGAGAGAGAGAAGGACACUAGCCACUCCAGACCUCUGAGCCCUUGGAGAGAGAAGGACACUAGCCACUCCAGACCUCUGAGCCCGAGGAGAGAGAGAAGGACACUAGCCACUCCAGACCUCUGAGCCCUUGGAGAGAAAGAAGGACACUAGCCACUCCAGACCUCUGAGCCCUUGAAGAGAGAGAAAAACACUAGCCACUCCAGACCUCUGAGCCCUUGGAGAGAGAGAAGGACACUAGCCACUCCAGACCUCUGAGCCCUUGGAGAGAGAGAAGGACACUAGCCACUUCAGACCUCUGAGCCCUUGGAGAGAGAGAAGGACACUAGCCACUCCAGACCUCUGAGCCUGAGGAGAGAGAGAAGGACACAAGCCACUCCAGACCUCUGAGCCAUUGGAGAGAGAGAAGGACACUAGCCACUCCAGACCUCUGAGCCCUUGGAGAGAGAAGGACACUAGCCACUCCAGACCUCUGAGCCCGAGGAGAGAGAGAAGGACACUAGCCACUCCAGACCUCUGAGCCCUUGGAGAGAAAGAAGGACACUAGCCACUCCAGACCUCUGAGCCCUUGAAGAGAGAGAAAAACACUAGCCACUCCAGACCUCUGAGCCCUUGAAGAGAGAGAAGGACAUUAGCCACUCCAGACCUCUGAGCCCGAGGAGAGAGAGAAGGACACUAGCCACUCCAGACCUCUGAGACACUGGUGACAUACUGUGUGCGUCCAAAAUGCACCUUAUUCCAUAUAAAGUAGUGCACUAUGUAGGAGAAAGGGUGUCAUUUGGGAGGCAGAUAUGAUGCCGCUGUUACAUAAUUCUAUGAGCCACUAGGCAGCAGACCCCCCAACCCCUUCCCCUGCUACUGGAGACACUAUUGAGUCUAGACAACUCCACCCCCCCUCUUCUACCAAAUCAAUAGUAUAAUCCACUCACCCCUAUAACUAAUACAUGGGUCAGUCCAGCCACUAGCUCCUGUGCCCCAACAUCCUUAGAUCAAUAGUUCAUUCAGACACCCUACAACCUCACUGUAUCAAUGAGUCAGUCCACUAUAGGCUGUGUCCCGAAUGCCCCUGUCCCCAGUCCCCUGUCACCACUUGCGUAAUGCACCCUGUUCCCUGGCCCCAUGUGAUCCAGCCACCCUAUCCCUGAUCAGUCCUCUGAACUCAUUAAAAAUGAAUCAGCCCAUCAGAGGUCAUCCUGUCUUGAGCCCUGACCCCUGUAGAUAGGUAUUGCCUCCUCAUAGAUUGUACUACAGUAACCUUGCAGAGAAUACACUUAGACGCAGCAGAAUAUAUCAGAAAACGUUCAGAUUCCCUGUGUGGCAAAGACAUAGCCUUAUUUAUUUCAGCAUGUCACCAUUAUUUUCUGUAUGCCAAGAUCUGUUCCCUUCUCUUUUCCUUUCACUUUUCUGUCAGUUGUCAGAUAGACAUGUCCCUUUUCCCCUUCUGGACCUCAGAACAAUAGACAUACUGUAGGAGAGACAUCACGCAGCCUUCUGGACCUCAGAACCAGAGACAUACUGUAGGAGAGACAUCACACAGCCUUCUGGACCUCAGAACCAGAGACAUACUGUAGGAGAGACAUCACGCAGCCUUCUGGACCUCAGAACCAGAGACAUACUGUAGGAGAGACAUCACGCAGCCUUCUGGACCUCAGAACCAGAGACAUACUGUAGGAGAGACAUCACACAGCCUUCUGGACCUCAGAACCAGAGACAUACUGUAGGAAAGACAUCACACAGCCUUCUGGACCUCAGAACCAGAGACAUACUGUAGGAGAGACAUCACACAUCCUUCUGGACCUCAGAACCAGAGGCAUACUGUAGGAGAGACAUCACACAGCCUUCUGGACCUCAGAACCAGAGACAUACUGUAGGAGAGACAUCACACAGCCUUCUGGACCUCAGAACCAGAGACAUACUGUAGGAGAGACAUCACACAGCCUUCUGGACCUCAGAACCAGAGACAUACUGUAGGGGAGACAUCACACAGCCUUCUGGACCUCAGAACCAGAGGCAUACUGUAGGAGAGACAUCACACAGCCUUCUGGACCUCAGAACCAGAGACAUACUGUAGGAGAGACAUCACACAGCCUUCUGGACCUCAGAACCAGAGAAAUACUGUAGGAGAGACAUCACACAGCCUUCUGGACCUCAGAACCAGAGACAUACUGUAGGAGAGACAUCACACAGCCUUCUGGACCUCAGAACCAGAGACCUACUGUAGGAGAGACAUCACACAGCCUUCUGGACCUCAGAACCAGAGACAUACUGUAGGAGAGACAUCACACAGCAUUCUGGACCUCAGAACCAGAGACAUACUGUAGGAGAGACAUCACACAGCCUUCUGGACCUCAGAACCAGAGACAUACUGUAGGAGAGACAUCACAGCACAAACAGACACAGACACACACACACACACACACACACACACACACACACACACACACACACACACACACACACACACACACACACACAUCCACACACUGUGGGGUAGGUAAUUACUCCUGAGUGUACUUGACUCUGAGCGUUAAGGACCCAUCGAGAGUUUGGUGGUGUGGGAUGAGGUGUGUGUGUACGAGCUGAGAGCUUACUGACCCAGUCUAACACUCCUUCACAGUUAAAUAUAUACGAGCUGAGAGCUUACUGACCCAGUCUAACACUCCUUCACAGUUAUAUAUAUACGAGCUGAGAGCUUACUGACCCAGUCUAACACUCCUUCACAGUUAUAUAUAUUCGAGCUGAGAGCUUACUGACCCAGUCUAACACUCCUUCACAGUUACAUAUAUACGAGCUGAGAGCUUACUGACCCAGUCUAACACUCCCUCACAGUUAUAUAUAUUCGAGCUGAGAGCUUACUGACCCAGUCUAACACUCCUUCACAGUUAAAUAUAUUCGAGCUGAGAGCUUACUGACCCAGUCUAACACUCCUUCACAGUUAUAUAUAUACGAGCUGAGAGCUUACUGACCCAAUCUAACACUCCUUCACAGUUAUAUAUAUACGAGCUGAGAGCUUACUGACCCAGUCUAACACUCCUUCACAGUUAUAUAUAUUCGAGCUGAGAGCUUACUGACCCAGUCUAACACUCCUUCACAGUUACAUAUAUACGAGCUGAGAGCUUACUGACCCAGUCUAACACUCCUUCACAGUUACAUAUAUACGAGCUGAGAGCUUACUGACCCAGUCUAACACUCCUUCACAGUUAUAUAUAUACGAGCUGAGAGCUUACUGACCCAGUCUAACACUCCUUCACAGUUACAUAUAUACGAGCUGAGAGCUUACUGACCCAGUCUAACACUCCUUCACAGUUAAAUAUAUACGAGCUGAGAGCUUACUGACCCAGUCUAACACUCCUUCACAGUUAUAUAUAUACGAGCUGAGAGCUUACUGACCCAGUCUAACACUCCUUCACAGUUAAAUAUAUAUUCGAGCUGAGAGCUUACUGACCCAAUCUAACACUCCUUCACAGUUAUAUAUAUAUUCGAGCUGAGAGCUUACUGACCCAGUCUAACACUCCUUCACAGUUAAAUAUAUAUUCGAGCUGAGAGCUUACUGACCCAGUCUAACACUCCUUCACAGUUAAAUAUAUAUACGAGCUGAGAGCUUACUGACCCAAUCUAACACUCCUUCACAGUUAAAUAUAUAUUCGAGCUGAGAGCUUACUGACCCAGUCUAACACUCCUUCACAGUUAUAUAUAUACGAGCUGAGAGCUUACUGACCCAGUCUAACACUCCUUCACAGUUAUAUAUAUAUUCGAGCUGAGAGCUUACUGACCCAGUCUAACACUCCUUCACAGUUACAUAUGCAGGGUAACAGCCAGAGAAGAAUACCUGUACUCAGACACACACACAGUGUGUGUGCCGGGCCAUGUGUUGGGCUGGUGAUAGAGAGUUUGGCGGUCUGUCAGCAGACGUUGUUCUUCUACAUCAAACGUCUCAGAGUCUCCCUUUCAUCCAGAUACACACCACACUCCCUCUGAUCUGCCUGCCAAAACAACGGCACUCGCAGAGACUUAUGCUCCUACAUACACUUAGACACUGAAACGCACACACACCCACACACACACACACACACACACACACACACACACACACACACACACACACACACACACACACACACACACACACACACACACACACACACACACACACACACACACAUUCACAAA